AAAGUUUCAACAACAACAGGCAGGACCAAUAGCAUCUCGAAAAGCCGGGAAGGGGGCUGAGCAAAGGGCGAAAGAGAGUGGAGAAAGGAGAAAGCGGGCAGGCUCGGAGCGCGCGGGGCCGGGGCCGGGCGAGCCGGAGGAGCGUUGCUAAUGUUUUUGUUUGUUUGCUUUUCCAUGCAUGCAUAAUGAGGGGGCACCGCGGCACCACGCGGGGGCUCCCGGCCCACUUUUGUAUUUAAAGCCUCGCUGCGAGCGAGUCCGCUGCCGGGCUCAGCGGAUCCGCUCCCCGGGCUCCUCGUCACCCGAGAAGCCGCCGCCGCCGAGGGAAGCCCGGGAGCCGCUCUCCGCCCGCGCCGAGUUUCUUUUUCUCCCCGCGACGCCCGGAAAGGGCUCCCCGGAGCUCGGCCGCGGCCGGGGUCGCCUCGGGCGGAGGGGGAGGGGACGCGGGCGGCCGGGACGCCGUGCACCGACGCGAGCCAGGACGCCGCACGAUGAGAGAGCCCGCGGCGGCGGCGGCGGCGCGGAGCUGAGUCCGGAGGAAGGAGCGGCCGCACAACGGCUCUGCGGGCGCGGAGCAAGAUGCACCCGCGGCGCUCCGCGGUCCUGCAGCCCCGCCGCGGCCCCGCGGCCCGCAGCCCAUCGGGGCGGCAGUGAGCGCCUCCCGCCACCGCCGGGAACCGACCGGAGGGGCUCGGGGCGGCCGUGCUUUUCUAGGAACCCACCGCAGCGGGAACCAGACCGACCUGCGAGCAGCAGAGCACCAGCCAGCGGCGCGCAGGGAUUUAUGAAAACACUCAUGCAAGGAGUUGGCAGGACUGGGGCAAACUUUUCCACCGGCUCCGCGUCCGCCGCUCCCCGCGCCUCCUCUCCUUCACCCUCCUCGCCCGGCGGCCGCCGCUGCCCGCGAUGGUGGCAGGACUGCUGGGCGGCGGCGGCGGGACCCGCGGGGGGACCGUGCCGGGCGCCUGGCUGUGCCUGAUGGCGCUGCUGCAGCUGCUGGGCUCGGCGCCGCGGGGCUCGGGGCUGGCGCACGGCCGCCGCCUCAUCUGCUGGCAGGCGCUGCUGCAGUGCCAGGGGGACCCGGAGUGCAGCUACGCCUACAGCCAGUACGCCGAGGCGUGCGCGCCGGUGCUGGCGCAGCGCGGCGGGGGCGACGCGCCGGGAGCCGCCGCCGCCUUCCCGGCCUCCGCCGCCUCUUUCUCCUCGCGCUGGCGCUGCCCGAGCCACUGCAUCUCGGCCCUCAUUCAGCUCAACCACACGCGCCGCGGGCCCGCUCUGGAGGACUGUGACUGCGCGCAGGACGAGAACUGUAAGUCCACCAAGCGCGCCAUUGAGCCCUGCCUGCCCCGGACCAGCGGCGGCGGCGCGGGCGGCCCGGGCGCGGGCGGGGUCAUGGGCUGCACCGAGGCCCGCCUGCGCUGCGAUCGCGACAGCCGCUGCAACCUGGCGCUCAGCCGCUACCUGACCUACUGCGGCAAGCUCUUCAACGGGCUGCGCUGCACCGACGAGUGCCGCGGCGUCAUCGAGGACAUGCUGGCCGUGCCCAAGGCGGCGCUGCUCAACGACUGCGUGUGCGACGGCCUGGAGCGGCCCAUCUGCGAGUCGGUCAAGGAGAACAUGGCCCGCCUGUGCUUCGGCGCCGAGCUGGGGAACGGCCCCGGCAACAGCGGCUCGGACGGGGGCCUGGACGAAUACGAGGACGAGGAUUACUACGACGAGCAGCGCCCCGGGGGCGCGGGAAGCGAGCAGCCGCUGGACGACGACUACGGCGUCCCGCACCAGCCGCGCCCGGGUGGCGGCGCUGCUGCGGCGGGUGGCGGCGGAGACCUGUCCUACGGGCCGGGGCGAAGGAGCGGCGGCGGUCGACUGGCGCCCCGAGGCGCCUGGACCCCGUUGGCCUCCAUCUUGCUGCUGCUGCUCCCGCUCCUGUUUUAGUCCUCGCUCCCCCCGCCAUCGGCUGCGGGAGGGCCCGUGCCAGGGCACCUGUAGCUUGGGGACGGAAGGGAUGGUUGGGGAUACUUGCCAAAACGUUUGCAAAGUUGACUGUACCUAGCCGGUCUCCCCGCCAUAACUUUUGGCACUUUCCCCGUCUCCUCUUCCGAGCACGACUCCUUGGACAUCUUCCCUUACCCCUCAUUCCAGACUCCAGAAACUCCCAACACGUCUGCCCCGCAGAAGCUGGCGCGGCUAGAGUUCUGGACGCCCGACAUGGAACGGGCUGGCGGGGGGUGGGGGGGGGGGUGUUGCAGAACCACAGUCCUGGACUCCAAAGAGGGUGCUGACCAGUGGGGCCUUAAUAGUUUCAAGGGACUGGGCUUGGAGCGGGGGUGGGGGGGGGGUCGGAUGGGGGAUUUAUAUUUGCCAAGAGGUUGUCUUGUUCAUGAGCAUUUUUUCCUGUGACGGGUGGGGGGAAGGGCCGGGAUCGACUUUUAUUGUGACCAGUGAGGACAUUGCAAUCUUAAAUAAUCAGAGAAGUCCCACUUACCUGUUUCAUUCGUUUACUCUUGGUACCUGCGCCCCUGAAUUCUCAGUUUUGGGGUGGGAGGUGGGAAGGGGUUAAUAUUCCUGAAUUAGUUUUGGGUAACUUGGAGCCCUUGACCUUAAUUUCAUUUCCACCACUCUGCUCUCUUAGCACCAUUUCUUAUAAUUAAGGGUCAAAAAGUGCUGAUCUAAAGAGUUGCUGGUGAUAUCGAACAAUGCAAAUUUGUAUUAAAUGAGCUCUGCACUGCCAUCUAUGAAAGCCCCUUUCUGAUGUUUGUUUUGUUAUCGUUUUUGUUCUUUACAUCAAGAAGUUGUAUGUACAAAUAUGCAGAGAACAUAUAUUGCUUCUGCUUUUAUCAGGGUGCUAAACCCUGGUACUAUAUAAAGUGUAUUAAAACUGGGGUUUGUUACCAGUUGCUGUACUUUGUAUAUAGAAUUUUUAUAAAUUGUAUGCUUCAGAAAUAAUUUAUUUUUAAAAAGAAAUUAAAAACUUUAAAUCUGCAUUCAUAUUACACCUGUUCUCCCUGAAAUGUAUAGAAACCAUUCGUCAUCAGGGAUCCAAACCCACAGUCCAUUGUGAAGUGUGCUCUUAAUCUAGAACAGUCCUAAAAUGUACAGUGUAUUUUAUAGAUUUGAAGUUAACGUUCUUAUUUUCAAGAGAAUUUAUGGACAUUGUAGAAAUGUAUAAAUGCAUUUCCAAACUGCCUUAAACAUUGUAUUUUUAUAGACAUCGUUUUUUUAAAAAAAAAAUUCUUAUGUUUUAAGUAA